UGGUGGCAGCGUCGCAGAACCGUCGGCAGUGACUGCAACGACCAAUUUGAAAAAAUCGUGAUGUGAUUUUUUUUUUCUCGUAACGACAGUCAAGUUUUUGCUUUGACAGCGAACGGACACGGUUUUUUAGGAGUAGGUGUGAAUAGUAGAAUCAAGUUGUGAAUGUGUGUAUGCUGCUGGUAAAAGUUACAGCAACAAGAAAUUAGUGUAAAUGAAAACAUUUUAAGAGAAUAGCGAAAAUUCAUUACAAUUGCCAAUUCAAUUUCGCACGUGUUUUCGCAAUAUAGAAAAAUAGUCGGAAAAAUACAAAAUUGAUUUCUUAAUUUUCGGUAAUACAGUGCCAAUAAGCACGGCCAUUUUUUUCUUUGCGUAGUUUUUUGUGGGCAGUGCUUGCAUUGCAUCGCACACACACUUUUUCGUAUUUCAUGCGACGGCGUGCCGAAAACAAAGGAUGAAUGUAGAAGUAAAGUAGAGAAAAAAUUUGAAUUGAAAGAGGAGCGGCAAAAAAAAAAAAACUACAACAAUAAGAAAAAAUAGUGUCGAUUGUGUUUUCAUUUGCACCGUGGUUUGUGUUUUUACAUAUGUGCACGCUGACCCUAGUUGUUGAAUGCCCCGAAAGUGAAGAGGAGUAGGUAUAGGAGUUGCUGCACACAACAACACCCACAUCAGAAGUGCUUAUUCGCAAGUGUUGCAAACGCUAUGACAAAAUAACAAUAAUAAUGCAAUGACAGCAACAUUGAAAAAUUGAUAAUUAUCACGGUAGCGCGAAAAUAUUUUAGUACGUAGAAAACGACGUCGUGAAAACUUAUGCUACUUGAAAGAGUCUUCUAAAAUCAUUAAAAAUAUUGAUGUGAUUGUGCGAAUCGUUCGAAUAAAACUCAUAAAUAUUUUUCAAUUGUACCUGAUGAAUUAAAAAUUGAAGUAAAUAAAAAAGAACGCGCCAAAACGUUCUCCUAGACAAUUGAGCUGCUGAAAUUAAAGGCUAUUGCACUUGGAUCAAAUAAAUUAUAAUUAUUACAAUAUAAAUUGUGCUGACACAGGCGGUUAACGAAUUGACGAAAUUAAUUGGCUGGCGCCAUCAAUCGAUCAAAAAAUACGCGAAACGAAAUUUGCUGCAGUUUUUUACCAAUCACUCUUCGCCUAAGACUCGUAGCACAUAACGGUUUCAACUAACGGCUGCGUAACGCACACAUUAUACUACUACAACAAUACUACAGCGGUGUGACACGCAACGCCGCGUUCAAAGUCAAAGAAAUGGCCGAAUUACCCGCUCCACCAAGUGAUUACCUCCAUCGUUCGAUCGAUCAGUUGCGCUCGAUGAACGAACGCAAUGUCCUCUCGUCACUAAGCCAUCAUCUGACGCCGGUGGAAUUGCGCAAUGCCGCACAGUUGGCGGCACACGAAUACAAACCAUUCAAUAUCAAUGAAUUUCGUCAGAAUGUGGAGCGUUUAGAUUAUUCAUUGAAGAAUGGCCUUAUACACCAACAACAGCAGUUGCUUGCUGAUCAUCAGCAGCAACAGCAACAACUCCAGCAACAGCAAGCGCAUGAGCAACAACAACAGCAGCAACAUCAUCAGCAACAACAACAACAUGCGGCUCAUCAACAGCAGCAGCAGCAACAACAGCAACAACAACAGCAGCAGCAGUUGCAGCUUAAACAAUCGUACAGUCCGCCAAAUUCGCCGGCCACGCCCACUAUGACCGAACAACCAGAGCAGAAGUACGAUCCACAUGCUGCUGCUGUCGAACAACAACAACAGCAACAACUUACCGUUAAUCAGAAGCAACAACGUAACCAACAAGGCUCCCCUGAAGGCCGUGACGCGAAGCCCUACAAAUGCACGCAAUGCACAAAAACCUUCGCCAAUUCCUCCUAUCUCUCACAACACACCCGCAUCCAUCUGGGCAUCAAGCCAUAUCGAUGUGAGAUCUGCCAACGCAAAUUCACACAGCUGUCGCACCUGCAACAACACAUCCGCACACAUACCGGGGAUAAACCAUACAAGUGCCGCCAUGCUGGCUGCCCUAAAGCCUUCUCGCAACUCUCCAAUUUGCAAUCGCACUCUCGCUGCCACCAAACGGACAAACCAUUUAAAUGCAACUCCUGCUACAAAUGCUUCACCGACGAAUUGACGCUGCUCGAGCACAUACCCAAGCACAAAGACUCGAAACACCUGAAGACGCACAUCUGCAACCUGUGUGGCAAGUCGUACACACAGGAGACCUACCUGCAGAAACAUUUGCAAAAACACGCCGAAAAGGCGGAGAAGCAACAGCAACGGCAGGCCAGCUCAACAAGUAAUGCGCAACACCAUGUGCCUGCCGGCGGUAUUGGUCUCAAUUUGCAGCGACAGGUGGUGAUGAAUGCUGCCGCGGCGGCCGCAACUAGUGAUCCCAAUUCGUAUUGGGCGAAAGUGGGUGCUGAUAGUGCCGUAAAUGCUGCGACCCUCGCUGAAGCUAUACAACAGCAACAGCAGCAAGCUGCCGCUGCCGCAGCCGCAGCGGCUGCGCAACAACAACAACAUGCCCAGAAUGGCUAUAACUUUGCGGCGCUGCAACAGCAUCAACAACAACAACAACAGGAGCUGUUGCAACACCAUCAGCGGCUGGUGAAUGGUGGAGCGGGCAGUGGUGGCGAUAGCGCUGGCAGCGGCAACACGCCGAAUCACUCACACUCGCCCAACGAUGAAGGUGAGGACUUGGUGAUGCGCCAAACACCACAACAUCAUCUCCAACAACAGCAACAACAUCAGCAUCAACAGUCACACUCACCCAAUCCACUUCUAAUGGGCAAUGCAGCGGCUGCAGCAGCGGCGGCGGCGGCCGCAGCCAACUACGACGUAAAAACAACCAGCGCCUUUACUCCCAUCAACACGGCACCACCACAUUUGAACGCGCUAGCUGCACAACAACGUCCACCGGCCGCCGCAGCGUACCUGUACCAGCAGAAUGCUGCCGCAGCCGCUGGUUUCCCAACACAGCUUAUCUCAUUGCAUCAGAUACGCAACUAUGCGCAUCAACCCAGCGCAGCGGCGGCAGCGGGACUAUUGGCCAGCGAUCACCUGCUCGGUUUGACUGGCGUGACCGCGGGCGGUGCCGGCAAGGAUAAGGGUCAAUAGUACGCCGCACUGCACAGCGGUGUUGGCAACAGUAACGGCAGGUAUGG